AAGUAGGAGCAAUAUUGACGGUUGGAUAAUCAGAUCAACGAUCAGAAAAUGUGUUGUGUUGAACGGCAAGCUGAAACAGAGAGGAAGAUGGCUAUAAAGUUUGGGUUUGAAGAAGAGAGCAUUUCGUUCAAUUAAAAAGAAGCUGUUCCUGUUCGUAGUAUUGUUGUUUCUGUAUUCUGUCUCUGUUUUUCUCUGCGAAUUUUCUCGCUUUUCUCUCAUCUCCUUCUCGGUAACCAAACAGGGAUUUGAAUUGAACUUGACGAGAAUUGAACAAAUAAAUGCUGAGGAUCUGCAGCUACUAGAGUGGAGAGGCUUUUAGGCACAUUUGUUGGGAAUUCAAGGUGCUCUCGCGAGGAAUUUCCACUGGAUGAGAUUUUAAUUUUAAUUUUGAUAGCCGAUUGAGAAUUGUGAAAGUUGGGUUUAUACGUUUAGAUUCACAGAUAGAAGAUACAUUUUGAAGAGACUUAAGCAGCUUUAGAAGGAAUUUGGACCAUUUAUCUACAGAUUAUAAGAUACAAAGAUCAGUUUAUGGAUAUACAAAGAUCGGAAUCUGACAUGAGAGUCGAGGAUUUAAACUUCGAGAUGUCACAUUCUUUUGAAAAUCUGACAUAGAUUCGUACAAUUUGCCUGAGGACUUGCAAAUUUUGUUCACCGCGUCAAAACCUAUGUAAUAUACUCAUCUUCUGAGAAGAAAAAAAAAAUUCAGUUUUCCGGGUCUUAAAUUCAAUUGAGAAUCGAAGAUUUCUUCUACGAAUUGAAGUUUCAGGUGUGCAAAAGAUGGAAAAAGACUAUUUAAGAAGCAACAACAAUGUUAACACCAACAAUAACCAUAAAAUCGGAGGCGCCGAUGGGUUGUUAAGAGCCAUUUCAGAUUCCGCAAAGCAAACGACGUCGGAUUUCGUCUUGCAGUGGGGUAACCGGAAACGCCUAAGGUGUAUGAAGAUCCAGGUGAAGGACGAUUCCAACACUCCGGUCCAUCGAACUACGGUUCGGGUUGACCGCCGGGUCGUCAGAGCCGAUAAAGAGACUUCUAAUCAGCCAAGUACAACGAAUAACAAUUCUAAUCAAAGCAAUCAAAGCAAUGUAUAUUUGAAUCUCCGUCAACGUCCAUCCUCACCACCGCCACCUCCACCUCAGCGUGUUCUCAGAAAUUCUGAGAAUCUCAGUGCCAUGAGAGGCCAGAGUAACGGUGGUGUGAGAAGCCUUUCUUCGCCUGACAGGGCUGCGCACGAUAAGAGAAACGCCAACAAUAACCAUAACAACCACCACCACCACCACAACAGCAACCAUGAGAAUAAGAAUAAUAAUAAUAAUCAUAAUAAUAAUAACAAAUCAGGAGCAUCUUCUGAGACAGCGCAUGAUAGCAAGAAAGGAGGAGGUUCGUCUUCUGGAAGCGGAGAAGCGGCACCACCGGUGGUUUGGCCACCAAAAUUUGUGAUUGCUUUAACUAACAAAGAGAAAGAGGAAGAUUUCAUUGCUUUUAAGGGGUCCAAGCUGCCCCAGAGACCAAAAAAGAGAGCUAAAUUCGUUCAACGCACUCUCAAUCUUGUAAGUCCCGGAGCAUGGCUGUGUGAUCUGACACUAGAACGGUACGAGGUCAGAGAGAAGAAAAUCGCCAAGAAGAGACCGAGAGGCUUGAAAGCUAUGGGAAAUAUGGAUUCGGAUUCUGAAUGAGCCAAUGGAAAAUGAGGACGAUGACUCUGUUGUUGAAACUUGAAAGCGGUUUGUUUUUGACAGUGCCAUGUGAGGGAAUGUUGGUACUUUUUGUAAAUCAUGUAUGUCCUUACCCGCUAUGAAAAUGGAAGGAUGAUUUUUUUUUUUUUUUAA